AGACUAGACGAGAAUCUUCUGCUUCCAUGGAUCUGCGGUUCUUUCACACCAUCUCUAUUUUGAAGCUUCGUUGAGUUCCAUCAAUCACUCCAAGAACCGAUCAAGCUAGAGAAUUGAGUUUCGUUCUAGCUCUCAGCUUCAGGAGCAGUUUUAGCAGCCAAGAAGAGGAAAGGUUUGGUCUUUACGACAUUUAGAUGAGUAGAAGCGUGAAUUAGAGUCUGGGCGGUAAAAUCUGGGGAAUUAAAGUAGAAAUAUGAGGAUCCCGAGCUGUUCAGUGUGCCAGAAUUCGUAUAACGAGGACGAGCGGUGUCCAUUGUUGCUCCAAUGCGGCCACGGAUAUUGUCGGGAGUGCCUUUCCAGAUUGUUUUCUGCUUCACCCGACACCAACCUAUCCUGCCCCCGCUGCCGCCAUGUGUCUCUGGUUGGCAACUCCGUCAAUGCACUCAAGAAGAACUAUGCAAUCCUUGCUCUAAUCCGCGACACCACGGCCAGGGAUUCCAGCGACGAAGAAGGGGAUGAGGAGGAGGAGGAGGAUGGGCCAGAGUUUCUUCGUGAAAAUGGAGGAGGCAGGGAUGAGCGUGAACUGGGCAGCAGGCGUACAACCCACUCAGCUUUGAGUACAGGAUGUGGGGUUGAAGCUGGUGGGAGGUUAGAGCUAAGUGUUCACCCAGAGGUGAAACUAAUUAGGAAGAUAGGUGGGGAUGGGAGGAAGCCUGGGGUUGAGAUAUGGGCAGCUGUUGCAUUGGGAGACCACAGUAGUGGUAGAUUAGAGCGGUGCCGCCAUAGAGUGGUGGUUAAGAAGGUAGCAAUAGGAGAGGAAAUGGAUCCAGUUUGGGUGCAGGAGAAGCUGGAGAAUUUGAAGAGGGCAUCCAUGUGGUGUAGAAAUGUAUGUGCUUUUCAUGGUGUAACAAAGAUCAAUAGCAGUUUGUGUUUGGUUAUGGAUAGAUGUAAGGGUUCUGUCCAGACUGAGAUGCAACGGAAUGAAGGACGCCUCACACUUGAGCAAAUCCUCAGAUAUGGGGCAGACAUUUCUCGUGGGGUGGGUGAACUUCAUGCAGCUGGUGUUGUUUGUAUGAAUAUAAAACCAUCCAAUCUUCUAUUAGAUGUGAAUGGUCAUGCACUGGUUUCAGACUAUGGGCUUCCGGCAAUUCUAAAGAAACCUGCUUGUCGCAAGGCUCAAUCAGACUCCGAGUCUUCAAGAAUCCAUUCAUGCAUGGAUUGUACAAUGCUUAGUCCUAACUACACUGCUCCUGAAGCUUGGGAGCCAGUAAAGAAAUCAUUGAACCUUUUCUGGGAUGGUUCCAUUGGAAUAUCUCCGGAGUCUGAUGCGUGGAGCUUUGGAUGUACGUUGGUGGAAAUGUGCACUGGUUCAAUUCCGUGGGCCGGAUUAAGCACAGAAGAGAUAUAUCAGGCUGUUGUCAAGGCGCGCAAACAACCUCCUCAGUAUGCAGCUGUUGUGGGUGUUGGUAUACCUUCAGAAUUGUGGAAGAUGAUUGGUGAAUGUUUGCAAUUUAAGGCCUCCAGAAGGCCAUCCUUUAAUGCAAUGUUGGCAAUAUUUCUUCGACACUUGCAAGGAAUUCCUCGUACAACUCCAGCUAGCCCGGAUAACAACAUUAAUCAGUAUUCUGGAACAAAUGGGAUGGAUCCCCCUCCAGCCUCAACUAUGGAGGUUUCCUUAGACGUUCCCAGUCAUCUGCACAGACUUGUUUCUGAAGGGAAUUUGAAUGCUGUUCGGGAAUUACUGAGCAAGAGUCACAGUAGACAAAGUGGCAAUUCAGUACGUUCUCUACUUAACGCACAAAACCCCGACGGUCAAACAGCUCUCCAUCUUGCUUGUAGACGUGGUAGUGUGGAACUUGUUGAGGCUAUUUUGGAAUACCCGGAGGCAAAUGUUGAUGUCUUGGACAAAGAUGGUGAUCCUCCACUUGUAUUUGCUUUGGCAGCUGGAUCACCUGAUUGUGUUCACGCUCUUAUCAAGAGACAUGCAAAUGUCAGAUCAAGAUUGAGGGAGGGGCUUGGUCCAUCGGUUGCCCAUGUUUGUGCCUACCAUGGACAACCAGAUUGCAUGCGUGAAUUAUUACUGGCGGGUGCUGAUCCAAAUGCAGUUGACGAUGAGGGUGAAUCUGUGCUUCAUAGAGCUGUUGCUAAGAAAUUUGUAGACUGUGCUGUUGUAAUUUUGGAAAAUGGAGGCUGUAAAUCAAUGGGUAUCUUGAAUUCCAAAACUUUGACACCAUUGCACUUGUGCAUAGCAACAUGGAAUGCUGUUGUUGUUAAAAGAUGGAUAGAACUUGCAUCUAGUGAAGAGAUUUCUAGUGCCAUUGAUAUCCCAAGCCCUGUUGGCACAGCACUGUGUAUGGCAGCUUCUAUCAAGAAAGAUCGUGAAGCAGAGGGCAGAGAACUGGUAAAAGUACUUUUAGCUGCUGGAGCAGAUCCGACUGCUCAAGAUACCCAGCAUUUUCGAACCGCUCUGCAUACUGCUGCCAUGAUAAAUGAUCUUGAGUUGGUCAAGAUCAUUCUCGAUUCUGGAGUUGAUGUGAAUAUCAGGAAUGUGCAUAAUACCAUACCUCUUCACGUGGCACUGAAUAGAGGUGCAAAAGCAUGUGUUGGGCUUCUUCUCUCUGCCGGGGCAAAUUGCAACUUGCAGGAUGAUGAAGGGGACAAUGCUUUCCACAUUGCAGCUUUUUCUGCAAAUAUGAUACGUGAGAAUCUUCAAUGGAUUGUCAUCAUGCUCAGGAAUCCUGAUAGUGCAGUUGAAGCUAGAAAUCACAGUGGCAAAACAUUACGUGACUACUUGGAGGCUCUACCUCGUGAAUGGAUAUCCGAAGAUUUGAUGGAGGCUCUUAUGGAGAAGGGAAUUUAUUUGUCUCCAACAAUAUAUGAUAUAGGAGAUUGGGUUAAAUUCAAGAGAUGUGUCACAGAACCUAACUAUGGUUGGCAAGGUGCAAAGCAUAAGAGUGUGGGUUUCGUACAAAAUGUCCUGGACAAGAAUAAUCUUGUUGUUUCAUUUUGCUCUGGAGAGGCUGCCAGAGUACUAACAGAUGAAGUUGUCAAAGUUAUUCCACUAGACAGGGGGCAUCAUGUACGACUUAAGCCUGAUGUCAAAGAACCAAGAUUUGGUUGGCGUGGUCAGGCACGUGACAGUAUCGGAACUGUACUAUGUGUGGAUGAUGAUGGUGUACUCCGUGUUGGGUUUCCUGGAGCAUCUAGGGGAUGGAAAGCUGAUCCUGCAGAAAUGGAACGGGUAGAGGAGUUCAAGGUUGGGGAUUGGGUUCGUAUUCGUCCCAAUCUUACAUCAGCUAAACAUGGGUUAGGAACUGUAACUCCUGGAAGCAUUGGUAUAGUGUACUGCAUACGGCCAGAUAACAGUCUCUUGUUGGAACUGUGCUACCUUCCUCACCCAUGGCACUGUGAGCCAGAGGAAGUUGAACCAGUUGAACCAUUCAGAAUUCACGAUCGUGUCUGUGUGAAACGAUCUGUUGCUGAACCAAGAUAUGCUUGGGGUGGGGAAACACAUCACAGCGUCGGAAAAGUGAUUGAUAUUGAGGCCGAUGGUCUUUUGAUUAUUGAAAUUCCCAACAGGCCUAUAGCAUGGCAGGCAGAUCCUUCUGACAUGGAAAAGGUUGAGGACUUCAAGGUAGGUGACUGGGUUAGGGUGAAGGCUUCAGUAACCUCACCAAAGUAUGGGUGGGAGGACAUAACAAGGCACAGCAUUGGUUUAAUUCACAGUUUAGAAGAAGACGGUGAUGUAGGAGUUGCCUUUUGCUUCAGGAACAAACCAUUCUGUUGUUCGGUGACUGACAUUGAGAAGGCAUCUCCUUUUGAAGUUGGACAAGAGAUUCGUGUAAUGUCAUGUGCUACUCACCCCAGACUUGGAUGGUCAAAUGAGACUCCAGCUACUGUAGGCAAAAUUGUGAGAAUUGACAUGGAUGGUGCUUUGAAUGUCGCUGUUGCUGGGAGACAAAGCUUCUGGAAGGUGUCACCCGGAGAUGCAGAAUUGCUUCCAGGGUUUGAAGUAGGGGAUUGGGUACGUUCAAAACCCAGUUUGGGGACAAGACCGAGUUAUGACUGGUAUAGCAUUGGGAAAGAGGGCUUCGCCAUUGUACAUAGUGUACAAGAUACCGGAUAUUUAGAAUUGGCUUGUUGCUUCCGGAAAGGGAGAUUGCAUACUCAUUACACUGAUGUUGAAAAGGUCUGCGGUUUACGGGUCGGGCAGCAUGUUAGGUUUCGGGCAGGUCUUGUUGAGCCCAGGUGGGGAUGGAGAGGCGCUCAGCCAGAUUCACGAGGUGUGAUAACAUGCGUCAAUGCUGAUGGUGAGGUGAGGGUUGCAUUUUUCGGCUUACAGGGUUUCUGGAAGGGGGACCCGGCUGACCUCGAGCCAGAGCAGGUGUUUGGAGUGGGGGAAUGGGUGAAGUUGAGAGGGAACUCUCAGAGCUGGAAAUCGAUAUCGCCGGGAAGCAUUGGAGUUGUGCAGGGGAUUAUUUAUGAAGGAAACGAAUGGGAUGGAAGUAUUUCAGUGUCUUUCUGCGGAGAGCAAGAGAAUUGGACCGGGCAUCACGGUGAUGUCGAAAGAGUGGAAAAGUUCCGGGUCGGGCAGCGGGUUAGGGUCAAGAACUCUGUGAAACAACCAAGAUUCGGGUGGUCCGGGCACAACCAUGUCAACGUCGGAACAAUAUCCGGAAUUGACGGGGAUGGCAAGCUGAGAAUCUACACCCCAGCGGGGUCAAAAUCAUGGGUGUUGGACCCUUCGGAAGUGGACAUUGUGGAGGAGGAAGAGAUCAAAACUGGUGAUUGGGUCAGGGUGAGACCAAGUGUUUCCCUCCCAACACACCAAUGGGGUGAGGUUUGUCACACAAGCGUAGGGGUGGUGCACCGGAUAGAAGAAGGUGGGGAUCUCUGGGUGGCGUUCUGCUUUCUUGACAGGCUAUGGAUUUGCAAGGCGUCCGAAAUGGAGAAGGUAAGACCUUUUAAAGUUGGGGACAAGGUGAGACUCAGAGAAGGGCUAGUGGCGCCUAGGUGGGGGUGGGGUAUGGAGACUCAUGCUAGCAGAGGUGUGGUGGUUGGAGUAGACGCGAACGGGAAACUAAGGAUCAAAUUCCAAUGGAGAGAAGGGAGACCUUGGAUUGGAGACCCUGCUGAUAUUGCUAUUAUUGAUGAGGACUUUUUUGUUCAUGCAUCCUAAUUAUCGUCCUUAUAAUAAUACUCCCUACUCAAUAAUAGCAAUAAAAUUCACUCACCCGUGACUUCGUUUUCGUCACACGGAUAUUAGUCGCUGCUUUGAUCCGAGGCGUGUGGGUUAUGGGUAAAAACAGAGAGAUUGUUCCCACUGCUCUGUUUUCAUACAGUUCUAACUUCAUUCAUUAUGGGUGAUAUUGCUUGGGCUGGAUGGAGCAUGUAGCUUUCUAGUCAAAUAUACGUGUAGUAUAUACAUAUGUGUGUGUGUGUAUCAGACAGGAUAUAUUUUUAUUACGUCAUGUAUAAAAUAUGGUUCGUUUUUGUUUUUGUUUUUUUCCUUCAGUAUCUGCAGGUUUCUUGCUUAGGUAAUAGCAUAAUUUGCAUUGUAAAGUUUACUACUGACCCAUCAGAAUUCCGAAUAGAAUAUGAUUGUUGUA